UCCGCUCACCGGGCGGCUAACACUAUUUUAAUGAUCUCCCAGGUCAUUCCGCUUCCGUUGUUCUUCUCGGAGUACAUAUUCUCGCUGCGGUUCUUCAAGGCGUGGGUGAUCAUCUGUGUGAUCUGGCUGUUCCUGGCCGCCGGUAUCACAUCGUUGCUGCCGCUGUGGGAGAGCAGGGCGGCGAUGGGGGACAUCGUUAGCGGGAUAUUGAAGGACAUCAGGUGGGUAGGAGCCGCUUGA